GGCGUUGGAGGGUCGAAAAUAGGGAUAACUUUGUGUGGUCUCCGUAAAGCUCCAUGGCGGCAAAGCUUCUACUCUCUCCCCUCUCUCUUCCUUGGAGUUUCCACAGUCGGCAAAACCCGCUUCUGUGUCUCCAAACAAGACCCAGAACCCGCUUCACCGUUCAAGCCUAUAACGACGUGGUUUUCACUGCUGUUGGUGCUACUCCUCUACUUUUUCAAGAAAACCCUUCUUCUUCUUCUCUCUUCUCACUUGCAGCAACAGCAGCAGAUGCUGGUUAUUCAUUGGCUAGCUACUACACUUCUCUAGGUCUCUUUGUCAUCUCUGUUCCUGGUCUUUGGUCCCUUAUUAAACGAUCUGUCAAAUCCAAGAUUGUGCAGAAGACAUUUGUUAAGCAAGGGAUAGAUGAGGGGAAGAAAGCGGCUAACCAGGUUGCUGGGGAAAUUCUUUCAUUCUUCACUCGAAAUAAUUUCGCUGUGUUGGAUAGAGGAGAGACUAUAACGUUUGAGGGAAUGAUGGUUCCAAGCCGAGGACAAGCAGCAUUGUUAACUUUCUGCACCUGUAUAAGCUUGGGAAGUGUUGCCCUUGUUCUUACUAUAACAGUUCCAGAUGUUGGCAAUAAUUGGUUCUGGAUUACUGCCUUAAGUCCUUUGGCGGGUGUAUAUUAUUGGACUCGAGCAUCCAGAAAGGAGCAGAUCAAGGUGAAAAUGAUUGUAGCAGAUGAUGGAAGCUUGUCGGAAAUUGUUGUUCAAGGUGAUGACCAAGAAGUAGAGAAAAUGCGGAAGGAGCUACAGCUGAGUGAAAAAGGCAUGGUUUAUGUUAAGGGUUUGCUUGAAAGAUGAUAUUUCUUGGUUUUCUUGUAAGAUAUAUAUGUCUGAAACAUACUCCAUGAUGCUUGGUCAACAACAUUUUGAUGUUCCUUCAUCAUUCUUAUGUUGUAACCUGGAAAUUUCUAAGAAGCUGUCAAUUAAUCGCACAUGCAUAUAUUAAUCAGAAGUUCUUGUGCUA